GCCUACCUACUUUAAUCACCGCCGACGAACAAGCAGAGAGGGAAGAAGAAUUGAGAAACAACGCAUCAUCUGAUCCAUAGAUGUUAUUUGAGGACCAUUCACUGCCCACCAUGAAUAAACCUAUUUAGCUCAUGUCUUACCAGAUGUAACACCCUGUGUCUCUUUCCUAUAUUUUUGCUGAGGUCACAGACAACUACACUCUAAUUGGGAAUAACUGAAUACACUGUAUUUCGACGCUGUGCUGUUGAUAAACCCCAGGUUUCUCCUUUCAUCCCCUCAUCAUGGUGGAAUACUACCAGGUGUUAGGAGUACGGAGGGAAGCGUCUGCGGAUGACAUAAAGAAAGCGUACAGGAAGUUGGCCCUGAGGUGGCACCCUGAUAAAAACCCAGAGAACAAGGAGGACGCUGAAAAGAAGUUCAAGGAGCUGUCGGAGGCGUACGAAGUCUUGUCAGAUGUAAACAAGAGGAGCAUAUAUGAUCAAUAUGGCAAAGAGGGACUGACGGGGACUAAUGGAGGAAGAGGGGGUCAUUUCCACAAUGGAGAUCAUUUCCAUGAUCAAUUCACAUUCCGCAACCCAGAAGAUGUCUUCAGGGAAUUCUUCGGUGGCAGGGACCCAUUUGCUAACUUUUUUGGUGCAGAUCCUUUCAGUGAGGAUCCUUUUUUUGGGAGCAGCCGGCAGCACCAAGGUCGGGCAAAUCGCCAUAGGACAGGUGGCUCAUUUUUUGGAGGCUUUGUUGGUUUUCCACCCUUUGGUGCUGGCUUUUCACAUUUUGACCCGGGCUUUGGUUCUUUUGGCACCAUGGGCACCAUGGGCACCAUGGGUCAUAUGGGUCACAUGGGUCACAUGUCACCAAUGGGCAGUCUGGGAGGUGGAGGCUUCGCCUCUUUUUCCUCCACAUCCUUUGGGGGAGGAGGAGGUGGAGGAGGGAUGGGCAACUUCCGCUCUGUGUCCACUUCCUCCAAGAUCAUCAAUGGCAGGAAGAUCACUACUAAAAGAAUUGUGGAGAAUGGUCAGGAGCGGGUGGAGGUGGAGGAGGACGGGCACUUGCGGUCAUUAACCAUUAAUGGUAUGGAGCAGCCACUGCGACUGGAACACAACUAAAGACCCUAACACCCUCUGCUGCAGAAGUGUUACCUCAGCACAAACAAACCAAUAAACUUGAGCUUCAACUGGAGGAAAAAAAGCAACAAAACAAUGUAAUGAUAGUGCUCUA